AUGCUGACCGUGAUCCUGACAGACUCCUCGGUUCCCUGGUUACCCAGCGAGGCUCAAAGGCAAGGCAUUAAAAAACAGCAGGCCAUCUUCAGUCUGGAUUUCGAAACAUGGCAAGAGCUUGUGGCCGAGUUCGAGAUCGAAGAAUGCAUCAUCCCCCAUCGCGAAGAAACAGGGGCGGAGACCAACCAGACCUGGUCUGGUUAG